ACAGAAGCCUGAAUAGCUAUGUCCACACUGUACCUUUUCAUCGUCAACUUUCGUCUUCAUCUUUCUAUUCGACUUUCGUUUAACGCUUACAAUAAGUGAAUGCGUUAAAUGAAAGCAACACCAUAAAAUUCCAGUAAAAAAAAAUCAAGACAAAGUUUUGGAUACGAGGUUAUUAUAAUAAUCGAAGUAACGUGAUUAUGAG